UUACCAGCAGGCACGGACGGAAAAGACAUUUACUUUCGAUUUGGAUCGCGGGACAGUCUCUCAUAUUUAGACAAAUAGGACAAGAAAUUUUCCAGUGUACACGAAAGAGAUACUAAACAAGGUAUCAUGAAGGCAUUUGUUUGCGCAGUUGUCGUCGGUCUACUCUGGCUCGCGGCUCUUUCAACGGCCAAAGAGGCUUCACCCAAGGUUCAGGUGUACAGCCGUAAACCUGGAGAGUUCGGGAAACCCAACACCUUCAUAUGUCACGUGAGCGGCUUCCACCCACCGGAAAUCAAGAUCGACCUGCUCAGUAACGGACAGGAGAUUCCAGGAGCCAAGCAGACUGACCUGGCCUUUGAGGAGAACUGGCACUACCAUCUGACCAGACACGUGCCCUUCACUCCAAGCUCAGACGCAGUGUUUGCCUGCAGAGUCACUCACUUGGGAAACACGAAGACAUAUAUUUGGGAAACAGACAUGUAAGUCCUGUGCCCUGCCUUGUUUCAGGUCUGCUUCGUCUUAAGAAGAUUGGAAGAUUUUGUCUAUAAUCUUGGGUUUCAUGGUGAACGUUUGAGCAUCAGCAAAUGAAAAACCAAGUGAUUGUUGACCACAAGAUGGCAGAAAGGGCCUUAAAAGUCUGGAUUGGAUAAGUUCAUUAUGAAAACUAAAAGGCACAAUAUCAACAAAAAAAGUUCAGUCAGCUGUGAGCUUGUGAGGUGAGAGUGGCAGCCCACAAAAACAAAUUAGUUAGCUUAACCAUUAUGAGGAGUCAUCAUUUGGUUCAAUAUUCAUCUGAAAAAUAUUGCUUCAUGGAGCUUUAAGAAAUCCUUUACAGUGAUGACUGGAAAAGGAAACAUUUGCAUUUAGCUUUUUUGUGUUUGAUGCGUAAUCUGUAAAGACAUUUUAACUGGUUCUCAUUAGUUGAUUCAUGUAGAGGUAAAUAAAAUUGUUCUUUAACUAUUUUUUUUUUGCAUAUUUUUGAUGAUGAAGAAUAACAGAGGAGUCAGCUUAUUUCCAGAUGAGAUUUAUCAUGCAUUAUGACUAAAAAUCUAACCACUCUCUUAUGGUGUUUCUGAAGUAUAUCUCAGUUUGACUCUGUAAAUUUAUUGUAUAUAAAGUACAAAGUGGGUUUAAUGGACACAUUUAAACAGGGUUGUAAAAUUAAAUGUGGUUUGGUAAUAUGGUCGGGUAAUUAAAGUGUUCAUGAAACGACAAAUUAAAUACUUUUUGGAAAUAA